AUCGUGAUUUCUUUCUACUUAAUGAACGCAUGAUUUCAGAGAAACAAGUAUGUUUUUUAGGAUGUGUAAUUUAGAAUGAAUUUCAUAUGACAUUGAUUUAUUUAUUUGAUGUUGAUUGAAUAAGUAUUAAUUUUUAAUAAAUUGUGUGUUAUGUAAACAAUAACAAAUUUAUUAUUACAAAAUGUGUGAAAAAACCAUAACUUCAGCACAUAUGAAACUGAAAAAUAGUCCAACAGUAAACAAACCGUUUCGUUCAUUAUUUAACACUUCUGAUGUGACUCUCAAACGUAAAUCUAAUGUUAAAAGUUUAGAACAAGUAAACAUUAAAUCGCAAGUGGAAAAUACUAAACGAAAAUUGUCUCAAGAAUCAAUUGCUAUGAAAAAGAUACGAUUUGAUCUCGAAAAUGAUAUGGAAAACGUGGGAAUUGAUGAGAGUAUGAACGUAUUUCCAAAUGAUUUAGAAGAAUUAGAAAAGAGAAUAUUAAAGAAACAGAAAGAAAUCGAGAUUUUGAAAAACGAAAUUUCAUAUUGUAAAAAGAACAAUUCUGAUGAUUUGGAAGCUGAUAUUAAAAGGUGGAGACAUGCUUGCCAAGAUGCUUUGGAAAGAUUGCAGAAAGAUUUAGAAAAUAAACGAGGACAGGUAAUGACUAUGGAAGAAAUAUUAUCAUCAUUGGGUAUACCUAAAUCUUUAGUAUAUUAUUCUACCGAGAAUGACACAUUUAUUAAAUAAUGAAAUAUUUCAUAUUUUUGGUUAUUUUUCUAAUUUGAUAGUACCUUAUAUACAACAUGAAAAUUACUAUUUUGUUCUUAACAAAAUCUAAAGAAUAUAUCCAUAAUUUUACAUUAAUAUUUAUGUGGUCUCAAUGGACGAUUGGGAUCGAAUAAUGGUGGGUCAUUUACAUAUUUUGGAUCUUUUGUAAAAUGUCCCAUUAAACCUUAAAAAAUAUUAUUUCAUAUUAUAUUAUAUCUAUGAGAGAAAUGAUUAGUUAUCAAUAUUUUGGUUCUUAACAAAUAGCUAAUAAUAUUAAAUUUUACCAGCAUGUUGCGCUUUUAAGAUCUCCUUUUCAACUUGUUCUUGUUUAUUUUUGCAUAAACCUGUUAUAUGCCUUCCAUAAAUCUGUCCUGUGUAUCUACUUUGAAAUUGUGAUAGUAAUCGUACAUUUUUAAAAUCUGGCUGUAUGUUUAAUUUGCAUAAUAAACAUUGUUGUUUUUCUUUCA